AUGGAAGGAGAACCAGAGGAAUCAGAUGAUGAUGUUGAGGGACAGGACAUGUCCAGCACACCCCUUUCCACUGUGCUAUGGGAAAAGUGCAUCCAGCAGAGCAUUUUUGUGGACCUAAGUGAGGAUGAAAGCCUCCACUUAAGUGAUCUGGAGAGGUCUUUUGCUAUGCAUAUCUCCCAAGUAGAGUCCACUGCUUCUGAGACCAGCAUCAAUCUUUGUGGGAGUGCUGAGCUGUCACCCUUGGAUGACACCUCGUCAGAGUGCAGUAGUGUGAACAAUCAGAGUGAGAGGAUGGUAGAGGGGAAGACCAAGAGCAGCAUAUCGCGUGUGUCUGCCCAAAGACCAAACUCCAUGCAUGAUGAGCUGCCCUUAACCCAGGGGUAUGAGGACCCAGGGCAGAACACCAGUGAUGAAGAUCAAGAAGAUCUGCCGUAUGAUGGUGACAUAGGCAGCUCCUACUUUAACCACACAGCUGACUCUCAGGGCAGCAUGAGUUCUGAUGGUAGAGAAACUAUUCAUGGAAGUCCUGAUGCUCCUGGUCUGCUUGAAUUAACUGCAGUAGGUAAAGACAAUAAACUCACAGGGGAUUUGGCUUCUAUUGAAAGUGAGUCUGUGAAAGCAUUAAGGUCUAAGGAGGAGGUCAAGCCUGAACAAUACACCAUUUGUAAUGCCUUAAAGACAACUGAGGAUGGUGCCCCUCCAUGCAGAGGCCUUGGUGAUGAAGUCCAAAGGCCAGAUUUUAACCAGUUGUUGCUGCGACACUUCCCCCAGGAAGAGCUGCUAAAUUCAGGUAGGCUGAUUGAAGCAGAGACUCUGCCAGAGGUGUCCCUCCUGGAGAGCAUGGAUGAAACUCUAUUUAGCAGGGCACCAAGGCACAACAGCACAGAAAUUCCCAGAAAUGAUAUCAGCACAGAGAGUUUCUGCCAAGCUUAUGGUGAAAAGACUGAAAAGAGUAACAGUGCUUCAGAAAUACCAGCAAGUUUGAAAGAAGGAGCUGAAGAAAAAAGCGAUAAUAUCACCUCCACUGCUACAGACAGUAUUACAUCAAAGUCUAAGAGCAUACAAGACAGUGGAGAUAGCAUUGCUCUGGAUUUGCACAAUCAGGAAAACGCCCAAGAGGAAGGCCAGACUCAGAGAGUCUCACUUGUGCGUACCAGGUCCUUUAGUGAGGUGAAGUACGGCCAAGGCCAAGUCCAUUACCCUCUCCCUGACUUCUCCAAGGUUGCUCCCAAAGUAAAAAUCCCCAAAACUCCUAGUGGUCCAACCAGGCCUACUGCUCAGUCCCCUGGCACCAUGCACAGAGCCCAGUCUUCUCCAGGGAUGCUAGAAGUAAUCAGCAGAGUGCUGGAGGACUCAGUCCAGCCAUCAGAGAAUCCCUAUGUCUUCAAAGACCCAGACAAACACACUGCUCCGGCACUGGUGCAUCACCUUCAGGCUGAAUAUGAUAAAUUGUUAACCAGAUAUGCUGAAGCAGAGAACCUUAUUGAUCAAAUGAGACUAGGAACCAAAUCUCAAGCUCCUUCAGAAUUGCUGCUUGAGUUUGAAUGUGAUGAUCUUCGAGACAGCUUAGGUGAAGGGAGCCAUUUUGGAUCAUCGACUCCUCCCACUCCUCCAACAGGGAAAUCUAGUGAGGAACCAACGCCCCAGAGUAACAUUGAGGAGGUAGACACAACUUACCCCAGCCAGCCUGAUCAGCAGGGUCUCAGUGAUGGUGAGAGGAUGACCACUGAACUACAAGACAUCAUCUGCCAAUUCAUGCAGAGGGUGGAAGAAUUCAGACUGAGUGUAAGCAAUAUGUCAGUCAGCACUGAAGGACAGCAAAUGAUGUUGAGGAGUAUGAUGGAGACACAGGACCAGCUGGAGAGGAACUACAUCAGUAAGAAAGAAGAGCACAGAGCUCUGGAGAUGCAGAAUUACAUGGGCAUGUGCAGGAACACUGGCACCUUUGACCCAAACAGGCUGGUGGAGGGAGACAUAUUCAGGAUAGGGAUGCACCUGGAAGACAUAAAGGAGAUCAUAGACAGGAAUGUGUGUGAGCAACUCUCCCCACCCCACUCAUCCUCCACUCCCACACCUAUACCGGUGUCACAGCGCGUGACACCCACCACCUCACCUCCGCCAUCCCAGCAUGAGGGGCAGUGUGCAAGUUUUUCCACUGUGGGAGAUGAGAUGGGAAGAGGGAGAGAGGAAAAGGAGGAGGUGGAGGAGGCCAGUGAAGUGCAUGGAGAUGGUGUAUUAGAGCAAAGCCAUGACUUCAUAACCACUGACUCCCUACUGAAGGAUACUGGACUUAGCAGCUGCCACCCACGCAGCUCACAAGGCUCUCUGGAGGGACUGGACCACACCACAGCUGAGGAUGAGGAGGGUGAGGAAGAGGAGCGGAGCUGCAUCUUGUCAGGAGAGAUUAUCCAUGAUAACAUCUUAGCAUGUCUGAGCGGAGCUACGUCACCUCCAAGACCCAGACAGUGGACACCUGAAAGUAUUACAACUCAGGACAGUGUCCUGCACCCAGACAGUGAAUGUGAUCUGGGUGCUAGUGUGAGUCUGGUUGUAGAGGUCUCUGGUUCCUUGGAUGUUUUGAACACCCAGAGCUUCACAGAGUCUACAGGCAGCAGCUCAUCCAUAUCACAGAGGAUUGUGAGCCCAGAGACAGACAGUGGAUUUGGGAGCUCCUAUCUGAGUCAAUCAGCCACAGGACCAUUCCACCCAAAACUUCUCACAGAAAGUGUACAGCUGCAGAACGAUGGGUUAAGUGGCUCAGACAGCGAGGGCUCCUGCUCCCACCUGCAGACAGCCAUCCAUUCAGCCACCCUGCCAGGCCAGCGCAGGGCCAGCUCUCAUCUGUCAUCUGUCCAAACACAGGCCACUGGUGCUGGCACUGCAGUGGGGCUGUGGGUGGAGAGCACCACCAAGACACCACCAGCCACGCUGCAGGAAUCGGACCUGCCCACCCAGCGCCAUCACCACCUGCCUGAACCCGUUCUCAGUACUGACAUGGAUACAACAAGGAGUGAGAGCCAUCUGUCCACUUGUCCUUGUAACAGUGAGGCUAUCCUGGCCUUGCAGACAGAGGUGUCCAGGCUGAAGAAGGAUCUGGAGGAGGGGCUUGUCCAGCUUCCCCAUCUGGCACAGAGGAUGGACUACCUCACCUCCAAAUACAGACAGGAUCGUCAGGACCGCAAGACGAAAACCAGACCCAGGACCCACCACAAAUCACUGUGUAACAGCCUAGUGAAGAUAGAGGACUGGAUCUCCUCAGACAUGGACCCCAGCAAGAGCAAAGGUACAGGUAGUGGUGACACAGCCAGCUCUGAGAUUAUGCUGCAGUUCCACAGUUCACCUGUAGGGGGCAGGAGAGGCAGCAGCAGCCUGCACUCUGGAUCUGAGGUGCCUGGGAAACUUGAGAGUAAACAGCACUGCAGCAGAGGGGAUGUGGAGAGUGUACACUCCAAGGAGAGAUGGCCUCUUUUCUCCUCUCCAGCUCUUCAGAAGCCUCUCCUCCAGGUCAACUAUGGCUCCUCCUGCAGUCUGCCUGCAAGCUAUAAAGUGAGGGAGCCACCCCUGCAGCCCAUGUCCCAGCACUGGAAGCGUUCCUCCCAGUCAGACACAGCACUUCUGCCCAGCAAUGUGUACUUUCAACGGACGCUGUCACCAGUCUUAGUCCCAUCUAAGAGCAGCAGCAGGAAAAGCAGACAUAAAGGGAGCAAGGAGGAGGAGAUGAACAGGACUCUGGACCGAGCCAUAGAGACGGCCCGCAGCAUGAAGAGGACCACCGAUCGCAUGGCCAAGAGACUAUCUGCUGACCUGGCCACGGCCAGUCUCUACAGGAAGCUGCACAACAUGCAGCCACUAGAGGGCAGGAAGCACAAUGCCUUGUAGCACUCAGGUACAAGUCAGCUGACCCUGUACUCA